AUGGGACAGGAGGAAUCAAGCAUGGUAAACGAGUCUACCCCUCCAAAGACUCUCUCGGAGCGUAACCUCUCAGCCAUUGCCGACUAUAUCAAGAGCGGUGAUGUCAAGCGCAUCGUUGUCAUGACCGGUGCUGGAAUUUCCACCGCUGCAGGAAUACCGGAUUUCAGAUCGCCAAAGACUGGACUGUACAACAACCUUGCUCGCCUAAAUCUGCCUCAUGCAGAGGCGGUCUUUGAAAUUUCGUAUUUCAAAGAAAACCCAGAGCCAUUCUACGUUCUUGCAAAGGAGCUUUAUCCUGGCAAAUUCCACCCAACGGUCUCACAUGUGUUUCUCGCCCUUUUGGCCGAAAAGGGUCUACUUCACAUGCUCUUCACACAAAACAUCGACUGUCUCGAGAGAGCCGCCGGCGUGCCCGCGGAAAAGAUCAUUGAAGCUCAUGGAAGCUUUGCCACUCAACGAUGCGUCGAGUGCAAGAAGGAGUUCCCCGACGAUGAGAUGAAGACGCAUGUCCACAACGGAGAUGUGCCGCGAUGCAUAGACAUGAGCUGCAAUGGUCUUGUGAAGCCAGAUAUUGUAUUCUUUGGAGAAGCACUACCGAGAGCCUUUUCGGAGCAGAGCCACACGGCAGUCAUGGCCGAUCUGGCCCUCAUCAUCGGCACAAGUUUGCAAGUCUACCCUUUCGCCGGCCUACCGCAAAUGGUGCGAGAUUCCGUACCGCGUGUGUUGUUCAAUAUGGAAAGAGUUGGACAGAUCGGAGCCCGACCGGACGAUGUCUUGUCGCUGGGAUCCUGCGAUGACGGCAUUCGCCAGCUGGCUGCCGAGCUUGGUUGGGCCGACGAGCUGGAGAAGAUGUGGCGCGGAGUUGUUGGUGACGACGAGGCCGAGAGGCAACUGAGGAGCCAAAAGGAGCGCAGCAAGGAGGUCGACGAGGAGGUGCAGAGACUCACGGAAGAUGUGGAGACUGCAUUGAGGAUCCACGACGAGGAGUCUGCCAGCAACGAGGCGGUGGCUUCCAAGUCUCGCCAGUCAGAGGAAGCCGAGCCGAGAGACGACAUUCCGGGACAGAAAGCAGAUGUGGCUGCAGAAGUAGAGAGCUCUGCAAAAGCCAACAAAGUGCUGUCACAGGAGCCGGAAACCGAAAAGGACGGCGAAGUGCUCACAAAAGACGAUUCAGCGGAGAGAAGCGAUAGUCUCCCCAAGCCGACACUGUAA